GUAGACGUAGACUCGUACGGUACUGUAGCGUACAUAAAGAUGUACGUACCGGUAUGUAGGGCAUCGAAUUCUUUUCGUAGACUCCCACCAAGGAACAAAGGGAUUGGUUCACGCUUGGAUGGUUGAACAAUUGAACAAUAAACACAAUUUCUGUACCGUACCUACGUACUCGGUACUCGGUACUCGUAGUAGAGUAUUGUAUUGUACCGUACAUACGGUACUUCGUUGGUAGUAUGUACUGUACGUACGGUACAGUGGAGUGCAGUAUUUGACCUUCUUUUCGUUCAAUCUUGAAACCGGUAUUCUUCGCAAAAGCGGCAUCCUUCGACCCAUACACAAGGAAAAGCAAGCAAAAACAAGCAAUCGAAUGAACCAUGGUCUUUGGCAGAAAGAAGAAAGAAACCACCCCAGCGGAGGGAGAAAACGACCUGGCCCUCGCAGCCGGUGCCCCGGACGACGCUUCCUCAACGGGAGACUCGGUACCCCCGCCCCCGCCGGAGGCCUUUGCGGGAGGCAAACAGAACACUGAGUCCAUCGCCGUCGCCGACGACGACGACGGCGACGGUGAGUCCAUCGAAGCCGACCAGUACGUCGUCACGAUGCCCCAGGCGUCCGGUUUGGCCGACGAAGCGAAGGAGGGAAAGGACGACCCGGACUUUUACAAAAAGCUCGGGGUGAUUCUUCUCUGCAUCAGCACCUUUUUCGUGCUGCUGGGGGUGUCCAUCAAGUACGGGGUCAGCCGCAACCAGCGCGCCGAGAACAGCAUCGGGGAUCCGCUGUUGGUGGAGUCCGGGCCGGCGGAAGAAGGCACUUCCGAGCCCCCACGCACCGUGGACCAGCAGAGCGUCCCCUGGGAAGACACCCCCAGCGACCCCACGGGCACCAACACCACCGGCGUCGGCGUCGACGCAGAAACGGCGCCCGGAGCCGGCGAGAAGACGGUAGUGCCCUCCCAGGUCGGGACCACGGGCGGAACCCUGCCCGCGCCGAACCCCUUUGCGGGCUGCACCGCCGAUGGCAUUGUUCUCGAGGCCACCUGCGUGGACGGGGCGUCCCUCGUGAGCAUGGACUUUUGCCUGGCGAACGGCGGCGGGGCCACCGACGAGUUCUGGGCGUGGGUCGAGACGCCCGACGCGUACGCCCGCUUCGUCGAGACCGACUGGGGCUGGCUGCGGGACGAGGCCUCGAGGGAGGUCGAGGGCCUCCCCGGUGGCACCUACGUGAUCGGCCUGUUUUCCGACGGCCGGCAGCUGCUGCCCGAGUACCCCCUCCUGGUGUCGCAAGAAUUUACCGUGUCCUGCCCCGAGCUGGAAGUGAGAAACUAAGGGAGCGGAGACACCACGGCACGGCCGCCGUUUUGCGCAUCGAACCCGGAAGUCUUUGGAGUGGUCCACGCUGUGGGCACGCUGUGGUUGUGAACGGGUCUACCAUACUAUUCCAAUAGUAUGGUAUAGUAUAGUAUAGUAUAG